UGUCUCUGGGGCGCCCUCUCACCCCCACCUCCCCACCUCUGGCCCGUACCCCAGCUAUUGCAUAAAAAAAAUUAUGCUAAUCCUUUGUCUCUUGCUCCAUUGUGAUUUUUUUCUAGUGUGAUGACUUAUUCAUAGGCCAGCCUGUGCAGAACGUUCGCAUCUAUUUUCAUGCUUUGUGUUUUCCGAUGCCUUAAAUCUUUCCCUAUGGCAGAAUUGUAGCCUAUUGCCCUGCAUUUCCUUCCAGUAGUUUUUAAACAUUGACAUUUUAUGUUUAGGCAGUUUGAUUACCUAGAGCCUGUUUUUGUGACUGGCAGGAGAUAGAGCUCUACUUUUGUUUUUUCAUAAGUCAAUUUUCCCACUACUAAUUAAUCAACUAUUUUACCAUAUCCUUUCUGAUUUGUAAAAUGUUUUUACUCAUAUAUGAACUUCCAGUGUGCGCUUGGAUGUGCAUUUGGAUUUUGUUUUGUUUUAUUGAUUCGUCUAUUUCCUAUUUUUAACACUGCUUUGUAGUAAUUGUCACUUUGCAAUAUGUUUUAAUAUCAAAUAGUAUUCUCUGAUUUUUCUAACUUUUAGUUAUCAGGGUAGCAAUGUUUUUCCAUAUAAAUUGAAAGAAUUAUCCAAGUUGCUCAAAAUAUGUUUUUGUGGUUUUUAUUGGAAUUGUUUUGAAAUUUGGAAAUUAUUGUAGAGGAGACUUGCUGGUGGUGUCAUGUUCAGUCUUCUCACUAAUGAUCAGGAAUAACUGUGUGCGUGUCUUUUUUAUUAAGGUGCUUAGUAUAUUAUUGUCUUGGAGAUCUUAUUUUUGUUGUCACUAGAUUUGUUCUUUUUAGUUUUGUUUAAGAAAAUUCCAUUGCCUGAUUAUUUCCGAUAUAAAGGGACAUGUAGGUUUUUAUAUUGAACCUCACCGGAGUCUCAGAGGGCCUCCAGUAAACACCCCCCUCUUUGUUCUUGGGGUCUGACCAAACAGGGGGGAAAGAGGUACAGAAACCUAGCCUUUAUGAAGCUGAGGUUGGCGAGGUUGGCACGUGCUCAUGUAGAUCAGUAAAGAAAAUCAGCAUUGCUUGCUUUCAUACCACCCUGGUUUAUUAAAACCUCACAGAGAACUUUGGGGAAAAAAACUUUGAAUCUUUGAUUUGUCCUGUCUUACCCGUCCCACUUCCCAGCAGAUGCCCGGUCCUGUAUAACUCUUGGGUUAAUUCAUUUUCUCUGUGUAUUAGAUUUCCUGAAGAUUCUGUUACAACACUCUACAUAGUUUAAGCUAUUUUUCAGUUGUCCUGGUUAUGAUGUCUAGAAAGGAUGGCAUUCUUUCUUUUCCUUUAUAGAGAUACCUUCGGAUGGCAUUUGGAGGUGUUCGAUGCUUUUGUUAAAAUGGACUAUGUGGGUCUUUCGUUUGUUUUUUAUUACACCAUUGUUAAUUUUGGGACAAAUUUAAUUUCUCCUCUAGGGGCAAAUGGUUCCUAAUGCAAUCCUGUUGUUUCCUGUUUUUAUUCCCCUAGGAAGCGAAAAUGUGCUUAGGUUGUCUUUUCUCCUUUCAUUGUGUAUUUCUAUAAUCUCAUAUAGCUUGUUCUUUGGUAAUAAUACUUACAUAUUCUUCCCUCCUUAAAUAUUUUUAUUACUGGCUCCAAUUUCAUUUACAAUUUAAUUCAAAAUAUUACUUUUCUUGUUUCCAAAGUUGGAGCAAAUGUAGCAGCAAUCUCUGGUAAGGAAGAUCCAGCCAGGUGUUUGUUUUGUCCUGCUGUUUUAAAUUAAGUCAAAAUGCCAAUAAGACCAGAUCUCCAGCAGUUCGAAAAAUGCAUUGAUGAUGCUUUAAGAAAAAAUGAUUUCAAACCUUUGAAGGCUCUUCUACAAAUUGAUACUUGUGAAGAUGUGAAAGUUAAGUGCAGCAAACAAUUUUUCCACAAGUUGGAUGACCUAGUAUGCAGGGAGCUUAGUAAAAAGGAUGUCCGAACUGUUGCCACCAUUUUGAUUUCUGUUGGGAGAUAUGGCAAAAAUAUCAGCAUUUUGGGGCAAGCUGGUCUUCUAGCCAUGAUAAAACAAGGACUAGUCCAGAAGAUGGUUACCUGGUUUGAAAAAUCCAAGGAGAUUAUUCUGAGUCAAGGAAAUUCAAAAGAUGAAACUGUUAUAAACAUGGUAGAAGACUUAUUUGAUCUUUUGAUGGUCGUACACGACGUCAGUGAUGAAGGUAAAAGACAAGUAGCAGAAAGUUUUAUACCUCGAAUUUGUGCCCUGGUUAUUGACUCAAGAGUGAAUAUUUGUAUUCAGCAGGAGACACUGAAGAAAAUGAAUGCUAUGCUUGACAAAAUGCCUCAAGAGGCCAGGAAAAUACUCUCCAACCAAGAAAUGUUAAUACUCAUGAGUAAUAUGGGAGAAAGGAUUUUAGAAGCUGGAGAUUAUGACUUACAAGUAGGUAUAGUAGAAGCUUUAUGUAGAAUGACCACAGAAAAACAAAGACAAGAACUGGCAUGUCAGUGGUUUUCAAUGGAUUUUAUUGCUGAUGCAUUUAAAGGAAUUAAAGACUUUGAAUUUGAAACAGAUUGCAGGAUAUUUCUCAACCUUGUAAAUGGCAUGCUUGGAGACAAGAGAAGGGUCUUUACAUUUCCUUGUUUAUCAGCAUUUCUUGAUAAAUAUGAGCUGCAAAUACCAUCAGAUGAGAAACUGGAGGAUUUUUGGAUAGAUUUUAAUCUUGGGAGCCAGACUCUUUCAUUCUACAUUGCUGGAGAUAAUGAUGAUCAUCAGUGGGAAGCAGUCACUGUGCCUGAGGACAAAGUACAAGUAUACAGCAUUGAAGUGAGAGAAUCAAAGAAGCUACUGACGGUCAUUCUGAAAAACAUAGUAAAAAUUAGUAAAAGAGAAGGGAAAGAAUUGCUUUUGUAUUUUGAUGCAUCAUUAGAAAUCACUAAUGUGGCUCAAAAAGUUUUUGGUGCAAAUAAAUACAGGGAAUUUACCCCAAAACAAGGUAUUUCAGUAGCCAAGACAUCUGUGCAUAUACUUUUUGAUGCAAGUGGGUCACAGAUUUUAGUGCCAGAAAGUCAAAUCUCACCAGACGAAGAACUCUUUAGUGUAAAAGAAAAACCUAACACCCAAAAGGAAAUAGCUGCACCCCCAAAAUACAGCAAAAGGAGUAAUCAAGGGGACAGAAAAAAUAAUUCACUCGAGGUUACUCCUAACAAAAGAAAAAUGUCUGAAGCAUCCAUGAUUGUUCCUGGUUCAGACAGAUACACUGUGAGAAGUCCAGUACUUUUAAUCAACACAUCAACACCACGAAGAGGAAGAAUUAAACCAUCACUGCCAAUGAGGAGUUCAACAGAACAACCUGGUGCUCCUAAGACAGUGAAAAAUAAAGUGGAUAAUGUUGUGUCCCUUAAAUCUCGGCCUUCUGAAGGAAGAAAUAAAGGAGAUAAUACAGACAAACAUGUCAAAACUGCCCAAAUUGUAGAAAAGACAGAAAAUAAGGACAAAGAAUGCCCAAGUCAAAAUUUCAAUGAACUCCGAGGGAGUGUUCCUGAUUCACAGGCAAUGGGAAAAACAGAUAAACGUGUGUUACCUGGUGUUUUAGACAACCUCUCUGGAAAUAAAAUGAACACAAAAUUGGCAUGUUGGACACCCGUAACAAAUAUUAAACUAUGUAAUCAGCAAGCAAGUACUUCAUCAGGAAUCACAUUUAAUCAAGAUAUCAACAAAAAAACAACUAAACAAAUAUCAUCUUCUUCAAUAUCUGACAAUUCUGAAGAAAUUGAGAAGGUGCCAUGUAAGAAAGAAAUAAUGCAGCAUAAGGAAAUAGAUAAAGUAGAAGUUUGCAAAAGAAACCACCAACAGCAGAAAAAUGCUGAAAGUACCAAACAGAAUGAUUGGCAUAUGGAAUCUGAAACUACCUUUAAGUCAGUUCUCCUCAAUAAGACAGUAGAAGAAUCUCUGAUCUAUAGGAAAAAAUACAUAUUGUCAAAAGAUAUAAAUACUGCUACUUGUGAUAAAAGUUCUUCUAAAAAAAAUGCAAAAGAUAAUCGAAAAUCAAGGAAAACCUCAAUAUCCGAAACUAAUUCCUGGGAUUUGAGACAAAAGAAGAAGAGAGAAAAGUCAAAAGGGAAAGGAUUUACUGGCGCAGCAGAUUCCCUGAUAAAACAGAUUAAUAACAGAUACAAACCAAAGGAUGACAUCAAGUCUACAAAAAAGUUAAAGGAGACUUUGAUUGAUGGUGGUUUUUCAAACAAGUCUGAUCUACACCUUAGUAAGGAAAAGGUUCAGAAAAAAAGUUAUAGACAACUGAAGACUACUUUUGUUAACGUUACUUCUGAAUGCCCAUUGGAUGAUGUGUACAAUUUUAAUGUGAAUGGAGCUGAUGAGCCUACUAUAAAACUUGGAAUUCAGGAAUUUCAAGCUACAGCUACAGAAGCCUGCACGGAUAAUUCAGUAAAAUUGGUAGGUUUAAGAAAUUAUGAAGCUGAACCUUAUCCCAAGACAAAAGAUAAAAAAAUUAUAACAAAUCAACAGAAGAAAAAUCUCUUUAGUGAUACUGAUACAGAAUACAUUGGUGAUGACAGCAAGACUGAUAUUAGCUGGCUCAGAGAAUCAAAAUCAAAACCACAGCUAGUAGACUAUAGCAGAAAUAAAAAGGUGACGAAACAUAAAACUAGGAAAUCAAGCUCAUCCUUGGAAAGACAACCAAAAUUAAAAAUGACAUGCAGGGAAAAUGUCAUCAAAAAGAUAGAUGAGACAGUUCCAGAUGGGAGAACCAGACUUCCACGAAGAGCUACCAAAACCAGAAAAAAUUAUAAAGAUCUCUCCAAUUCGGAAUCAGAGAGUGAGCCAGAAUUUUCACAUUCAUUUAAGAAGAAAUUGCUAGUGAAGGAGAACAACCACUCCAGAAGCAGCACCAGGAAACUGCCAGAGAAACAACAGAAUGCCUUUUCUGUGGAAACACAAAAGGAAGCAGCAGAAUGGAACAGCUCCUCUGUUUGUGAUCAGUGCCUGGACUUGUCUCCUGUGUCUUUAUCUGGGAGUCCAUCGUCCGUAGAAGUGAUGAGAUGUAUACAGAAAACAACAGAAAAAGAUCUAAGUCAGGAUUCUGACUGUAUAGCAAGAUCCUUAUCACCUUGUUCAAAAACUUCACCUGAAUCCUUGAACAGUAAAUAUGGAGUAGGAGAGCCAGUAAACUCAUCCAACAGCAGUGAGAGAAAUGUAUGUACCCGGGAAAGCACCUUGCCAACUCCACAGUCAUACUUUCUGGAAAGUCAUUCACCAUCUGCAUUAUCCGUGUCUAGUGAUGGAACAGAGAGAACACGGUGUGGCAUGCUCUGUGACACUGCUCAUGUGUUAGGUCCCGCACAGCAUCUUAGUCGCAAACGAAUGUACACAGAAGACAAUCUAAGUAAUUCUGAUGAAGUAGAUUUGGAAGAGGUAAAGAGAAUAAAUUUGCUUCCCAAAAAACUGUCUAAAACCAAAGAUGCAGACCUUCACACUGACAAAAUGUCUGAAAGUAUAUCUCCAUUAUCAGUAAAUGAUUUUUCUACUCCUGUGGAGAAGUGGGGAAGUCAAAUUUCAGAUGUAGGAACGAUAUGUGAGAAGAUCAAUACUGAAUUUCAGAGAAAAUGUAGUGUGAGUUACCACUCUUUAAAACAUGACGUGCCGCACUUAGUGCUGGACAACAAAACCCCCGCUCACGAACGCGGCUUUCCUCACGUGCUGGUGAAAGACAGAAUGAACCGCCAGACGAUAAUGGAGUAUUUCUCUAAGCACUCUUGGAAAACGCUUUACCAUCAUGUGAAAACAGUGAACCAUCAAAUUCAGGAGCAUAGGAUUAAAAAACUUGAUAAAUUCCAAUUCACUAUUAUAGAGGAGCUGGAGAAUUUUGAACGAGAUUCACAGUCCUUGAGAGAUCUGGAAAAGGAGUUUGUGGACCUCUGGGAAAAGAUAUUUCAGAAGUUCAAAAUUUAUCAAAAAGGUGACCAGCAGAGGCUGCACCUUUUGAAAGCUUCAUUGGAGAAAAAUGUCUUCUAUAACACUGAUUAUGAAGAAACUAUUUUUACAUCUGAGAUGUGUUUGAUGAAAAAAGAUAUGAAAAUGCUGCAAGACAAAUUUCUCAAGGAAAUGCAAGAAGAGGAGCUUCUUAAUGUACGCAGAGGACUGAUGUCAUUAUUCUUGACUCAUGAAAGAAAUCUCAGUGUGUGAUACAAAGAUAAACACAUAACUAUACUGUGCCCAAAACUAAACUAUGCUAUUUUGUUAGAGAAAAAUGUAUUACAAAUGAAUACAGUUUAGACUAAAUAAAAUUUAGCCACACACUGAAAUAUGAUUUAAAAUGUUUUCCUGAGUGUAACUUGGUUCUUGAAGCUAUUGGAGAUUAUAUUUUUCAGUUACGCCUCUAAUGUAUCAGAUGGCAUGGAAUACUCUAUUGCACUAUACUAUCUAAAUAUCUGUGUUCUAAGAAGUUUUGACAAGUAUAUUUUUUAAGAAGUUAUUUUCCUUAUUUUGUCAACAUUGGGCCAAACAUCUGAUGUGUAAUUCAAGCAGCCUCGUGGGCUCACAGUGGUCUAGAAAAGAGGGAAUGCUCCUAAUUCACUCUGAGACCAGCCUCAUCUUACUGAAGCCAGACGAAGACAUCACAAGAAAGUUACAGACCAGUGUCGCGUAGGAAUAUACA